CUGGCAUCACUUCAUCAAGCAUGGCUCUGCUCAUCCAGCUGUUCAUUUGCGCCACAGUGAUCUCACUCAAUGAGGGAUUCGACCAUGAGGAUAUGAAGCAGGCCAUGCUCCAAAAACUUGGACUAACUGAUCUCCCCAGGAUUCAGAAGAGAGAUUUGGAAAAUCUAGUCAUCCCAGCUCAUAUCAAGAACAAAUACCUGUCCAUGCUGAAACUCCAUCACAAGCGCAGGAGGAGAUCUCUGCCAAGCCUGGCGGGAAUUCUUAGAGGCAUCCAUGGGAAUGCAGAUAUUAAAGGAGAAAUCAAGUACUCCGACACAACCCGUCAGCGUCUUGUGUUCGACAUGGAGUCCCGACUGCAAGAAAACACUGAGGUCACAAUGGCCGAACUGAAACUUUUCCAGACAGCUGCACAGAAUCCAUCCAAACCUGAGCGAAGGCACCACAGACCCAUUAACAAUGCCAGAGUGAGCAUCUACUGGGUGGAGGUGCUGGCAAACGGCUCCAACAGAACAUCACUCAUUGACUCAAGACUGGUUCCUAUCCAUGAGUCUGGCUGGAGGAGCUUUGACGUGACUCAGGCCAUUCAUUAUUGGUCUAAAGCCCAGAAGAAAGCACCUCUGCAUCUGGAGGUGUGGACUGAAGGAGAGAGACCUGGUAGCUAUGCGGCUGAGAUGGCCAAAAGAGUGCGCUUUGCCACACAGGACCCGAAAGAAAACACCCUGGAAAAGGAUGUGGGUGCACCUGAGCUUGUGUUUUACACUUUAAACCUGGAUGAAUAUGGAUCACAGGGGAACUGUAACUCCAGCCCAAACAGCAGCAAGUGUUGCCGGGAGGAGCAUUUCAUUAAUUUCCGCGAGCUGACCUGGACUCAGUACUGGAUCAUCGAGCCGGCCGGGUACCAGGCCUUCAGAUGUGCAGGAGGAUGCAAGCAGCCCAAACACAGUUACUAUGGAUACGGACAGAGGACCUGUGCGGUGAUGGAGAGCGCACCGCUGCCCAUGAUGUACCUGGUGAAGAAGGGAGAUUACACUGAAAUCGAGGUGGCAGAGUUCCCCAAUAUGAUUGUUGAGAAGUGUGGCUGCUCCAUGGACAAAAUCCCUCCAGUCUGAGACUGAUGUUUGCUCACAAAUGAGAAGUGAUGUUAUGAUUUAAAUGAUAUGUCUCAUAGUUAUUGACAUUCACAUUUUACAGUUCCCCACUGAGCACUUGAAAAUCUAAUUAUUUAUGAAUUAUUCAUUUAUGUAUUAUAGGCAUUUGAAAUCGCCUGUUGUUUGAUGUGUUUUCUGAACA